AUGCUUCGUCGCACGGGUGUUGUGAUGGCCCCUCGCAGCGGCAUCCCCGGCGAUGGUUCCGACGCUGCAGCUCGACAUGUGGCGGGGAGUAAACAGCGACCAGAGUGGACCAUGAGCAGCAGCGUAAAGGACACUCUGCUGGAGGGAAGCACUCUCAGGACCGACAUGAAGCUGAACGAUUUCCUUCGGAGCAACUUGGGCGGCAAGGGCGUUGUGAAAAAAAAUGAGAACGUCGCUAUGGAGGUGUUUGUUCAGGAGCCGGAUGCUUACUUACAAGACCAGCGGCUUCUUAGAAUUAUUUUUAAUUUAACAGAGUACCAGGUGUACAAGCUUCAUCACAAGGGUGUGUUCUCUCUCGAGCAAUGGAGGGACUAUGAAGGAAAGGAUACGGUCACUCCUGUUGCAAGGGGAAAACUAAACGCAGCCCUCACUCAGAUACUGACAGAAAGGCUAAGAGGAACGCAAGAAAUGAAAUUUACCAUUUCCACUACGAUCGAAGAGGUACUGUUCAAAGGAAGAGUCCGCGUCAAUGAAAUGAAGCUGAACGACUUUCUUACGAUGGAACUGGACGGCAGGGGCGUUGUGGCCACCAAUCGGAAUGUUUUGCUGAAGGAGUUUUUCAAGAACCCCACGAAGUAUAUCCGUGAUAAAGGAGUAUUGAACGAAAUACAGGCAACCGAUGCUUAUGCGAGGAUGGAGAGGGCUGUAAGGGAUGAAAUGGAUUUGGAAGAAGUUGUACGCAAGCUUCGCGAUAAGGGUGCGGACAAUCUACUUGGGUGGUCAGAAGCUGCUGCGGAGGUAAAAGCAACUGUUCAUGACAUCACUAAACACUCCUUGGAUGCAGCCCUUCAGGAAGCGAGUAAACCAACGACGAUUGCACCGAAAAAAAUUGAGGGAUUGUACGAGUCUGUUUACAGUGCGAGGUGGUGCCAUGUCGUGGAGGUUUCUGGCGGCGAGGGGACGGGAAUGGAGGUGAAGGAGGGGAAAUCGAAACACUCAUGGAAUUACAAGAAAGUUGGCGACACCUUCGAAGAGGAUGACGGUGUGCGGAAAUCCGGUGAAGUACCUCCCAGGCUGAUGGUGCUCACCUCGGACAAGGGAUGGCCGUACACGCUGAAUUUGCUGCGUGGGGCUGGUAAUGACUUCUUUAUUAACUGCGAGGUGGAUCGAGUGUGGCAGAUCGUCGAGCGCGAUCUAACCGAGUGGUUCAGCAAUUUUGAUUUGACUCUCAAUUCUUCACCUUUGCCGCGUGUGUUGAUUGGUACGCCCGGGAUCGGGAAGUCGAUGGCUGCCGGUUCGUACCUUCUCUACCAGCUGCUGCACUACGACGUGGAGAAACUCCAAGUGGUUGUUCACUGUUUUGGUGGACGAGAUGCGUACGUGUUUGACAAGACCACCGAAACCGUGACAAGAUACAGUGAUGAGGACAUGUGCAUCUCGGAGUUGAGAAAUUUAAGGGAGCGUGGGAUGAAGGGGUACAUUAUUUACGAUGUGGCAAAGAAAGGAACGCCACCACUGAGACAUUUUGCGCCCUCCACCGGAUGGGGCAUGAUUGUGGUGUCAUCGCCAAAGGCAACCAACUAUGAUGAGUGGGAGAAGCAAACAAAAGCCAGUCGAAUCAUCAUGAAUUGCCCCGACGAGGUGGAUGUGAAGGCGAUGUGUACAUGGAUAACGCGAGGUCUGGAACCAGAUAAGCAAGCGGAAUACUGGAGGAUGGUUGAAAAACACAUGGAAAUAGUGGGGCCGAUUCCACGCCACAUCCUCGAUGCGGAUGAAUAUGGAAGACGCACGAAGGAUGUUGAGAGGGCCUUGAGAUGGAUCAAUAUUGGGGAUCAAGGAAAGUACUUUACCCUGGGAGGAGAGAAAAAAUGGUAUUCCGAGGAUCCGUCUCACAAACUUGUGAAGAUUGUCCGGGUGAGAGAGAAAAGCGCAUUUGAGGACUUCGCUAAUGCACCUAUAUGUGAGUAUCUUGGGGUUUUAACGUUAUCUCGUUUGACAAAGGUGCUGAGUCCGCAUGAUAUUUUUUUCCUCGUAUUGGGGAUGAAGAAUGUUCUUCAAUCUGAGGCCUUGGAAAAGUAUUCUUUGAGCGUAUUCUUGAUUGAGAAUUUUGUCACUUCCAUAGCGGAGGAUCUCAAUGAGCUGCAGCCACCAUCGCCUUCCGAACCACGGCCCUCGGUGCUAACGUUAAACCCUCAUGGUCACCCCACCGAGGCAACUGCAAUAAGUAAACUGAAGUCAGUUGGUCGCCAGCAAGAAUUAAAGUAUCGGGUGCUGUACAUACCGACGUUCCCAACCUUUCCGCUGGUGGACGGCUUUUUCUUCAUGGAGUCACCGCGGAGGACGCUGGUCGGGCUGCAGAUGACUACAGCGAGUGCGCAUCACACCAUACCCAGCACUGUGA